AUGGUUCGAUGUCAAAUUUUCCUUUUUUACCUAAUCCUUAUCCAUUAUGUGUUAGCACUUCGAAAUAAGAGUAGACCAAAAACGGAUUUUUACUUGAAGACGAAUUGCGAGUUGGUGAAGAGGCGAAAGAAUGGAUCGAAGCCUUAUUUCAAAAGGAAGUCGCGGGAUGAGGAUUUGGGUUCGCGGGCAUGCUAUAGCCCGUUGAGAGGGGGAAGAAGUAACGGCAGAAGUGGUGAUAACCGCCGAAACAACAACAGCGGCGCGCUGCACGCCACGAGCACGUUCGUAUCCAAAUAUUACAAAAUAAAUAUAAACGACGUGUACAGCUACCUGAAUAGGAAGAAGUAUGAGUACAUAGAGACAGACGUGAAGAUAACGCUCAAGUACUGCCCGUUCUGUCCGCCACACAAGUAUAAAUAUGAUAAUAUGUACAAGCAUGAAAUUUUUAAAAACACCGGAAAUAGUUACUGCCACAGGUGCGGGUAUAAAGGCAGCUUUUACGAUUUCAAACUAAAAAUGGGAGACUUGGUAACAAGUAAUUUCGAAAGCACUGUUGUAAGCAGUACCUAUGAGGAGGAAAAAAUAACCUUCAACGAUGUUAAGGUGUAUAACAUGAAUUUGUUGUAUUCGAAGGAGGCAGAGGCGGCAAGGAAAUAUUUGAUCGAAGACAGAAAGCUAACUUUAGAAACGCUAAAAAAGUAUUAUAUAGGAUUUUCUAUCAUGGAAUUUCAGUCGCUAGAAAAUUCAGGGAAAUUUGAAAAACACGAGUGCUUAAUUUUCCCCUUUAUAAAAAAAGCGAAUGAUAUGAACUCCAUGGGAUUAAAUGGAAAUAAAAACCACACGAAUGAAAAAGACUCGUACGAAAUUGUUCGAAUAAAGGUAAGAAGCUUAAGGGAUAAAGGAUACAUGAGAUUAUACCCGAAGAAUGUGAAGGAUGAAAUGAAGUUAUUCUUUUUUGGAGACCAUUUGGUUAACAAUUCUGAAGAGAUUGUCUUAACGGAAGGGGAAAUAGAUGCCAUGACUGUAAAUCAGGAGACGAAUUAUGCCGCCAUUUCUCUGCCUAAUGGUUCAAAGUCCCUUCCGAUAUAUUUAUUGCCAUAUUUGGAAAGGUUCAAAAAAAUACACCUGUGGCUCGAUUUUGACAAGGCUGGAAAAUCUAGCGUCUUUAAUUUUGUCAAUAAAAUUGGGCUAGGGAGGACGAACGUAAUAACCGAUGCCAAUGUGCAAUAUCUCGAUGAACAGCUGUUCGAGAGAAAGAGAAAGAAUUUGUUAACUAAAGGGGGUCUCCUGUUGCCCCUAACAAUUUGCAAUAACUCCAUCGGUGUAGCGGAGCAGAAACAGGGUACUAUUAAGGAAAAUAUGCAAAGUGACCAAAAAAAUGGGCACACUGAGGGUAUGCGGGAUGGAAAGGGCCCAAACACAACUGUAGAUCCCAUGUCAGGUACAAACAAAUCAGAUUUUAAAAUAGGAGAAAAGGAGAAAAAUGAAGGUGAUAGCAGGAAGAGUCCCAUUUCUCGUGACACGGGAAAUGUCAAAGAGGAGGAACGAGGAAUUAGUGCAAGAGAAGAAUCCAAAGUGCGAACGUUGCACUUUGUGCAGAACAAUAUCAUGUACAUACCAAACAAUAUCGUUGUGAAGGAUGCCAAUGACUGUCUAAAAUAUAAUAUAGAUGUAAGAUUUUUUAUAGAAAAUAGCGAAAAGGUAAAACAUAGCCAAAUAUUAAACUUUAACGAUUUGAGACAAAAUAUUUUGGAAGAAUUAAAAUAUCCGGAUAGAAUAAAUGGAGUUAAGAGUAAAACCAUUCCAUCCUUAAAUAAAUUUCUAUAUGGCUUACGCAUGGGAGAAUUAUCCAUAUGGACAGGUCCAACAGGGGUAGGAAAAACUACCCUUUUGUCUCAACUCUCUCUAGAUUAUUGUAUCCAAGGAGUAUCUACCCUAUGGGGGUCCUUUGAAAUUAAUAACAUAAAAUUAGGAAAAGUAAUGUUAAAUCAAUUUUGUGGAAAAAAUUUAGAAAAAAAUAUUGACCUAUUUGAUUUAUAUGCAGAUAAAUUUGAAUUAUUGCCACUAAAAUUUCUAAAAUUUCAUGGAAGCACAAAUAUCGACCAAGUUUUAGAUGCCAUGGAUUAUGCAGUUUAUGCGUACGAUGUGAAGCAUAUCAUUAUUGACAAUUUACAAUUCAUGUUAAAUAUAAAUAAAUUUUCUGAUAUAUAUGAACUACAAAAUAUUGCUAUUGAUAAAUUUAGAUCUUUUAGCACAAAUAAAAAUGUCCACAUAACUUUGGUUGUUCACCCAAGGAAGGAGGACAACAAUCUUCUCUCCAUUGCGUCUGUAUUUGGUAGUGUCAAAUCUACACAGGAAGCCGAUAAUGUGUUUAUCAUUCAGAGACAUGUGUCUAAAACAAAUGAAACUGUUUUUUUUAUAGACAUUAAAAAGAACAGAUUUAAGGGCAGCUUGGGUAGAAUCCCCUACUUGUACAAUAAAGAAAAUAUGACCAUCAAGGAGAUGUCUAUUAGCUACUUAAAUGAUGCCAUUUCGGGCAGUAGCGGUUACGGGACAAAUGGUACCACUCCUUCUUCUAAUUUUGUGCCGAAAGUUGGACCCCUUCGAGAUGGCCUGGACUUCACACUGUGCGAUGAGUACGACUAUAUGAAGCAGUUGGCCGACGAGUACGAAUCAAAACACGCAAUUCGCAGGUAUCGCGUUGGCGCUGAUGGAAGGGUUAGCGGUGUGGGGAGUGGAAGUGCAAAUAGCCCUAACACGUCCUCCUCGCAUCGCGCCCAAAACGAAUGUAGGAACGACAUCGGCUCGGUGGACUCCUGGCGCAAUAACCAAAAUAAAGAUAACAAGUCAGUCAAUCAAGUUGGCGGCGCAGAGGAUGAGCCUAUGAAUAAUAACCGCAUAGGUAGUACAAAUAUGAAGAGUGAAAAGGGAAACAUAAAAAACAUAUUGAAGGGAGUCGACCCAGGAGGCACUGUAACCCCUGUAGAAAAAACUCCAAAAAGUGAUAAACCAAGUGGUGAUAGCAUCCAUUUGGCCACCCCUCCAAACCCGAACGGGGAAAAGCAAGAAGCACCUCCCGAUGUGUCCAAGCAAAAUGUAUCAUCCUACCGAUUGAGCAGUGAAGGGAUAAUAAAAUUAUGCCAAGAAAUAAAAGAAAACGAAAGCGAAAAGCUAAAAGAUAAAGUCAUAACCAUAUCAAUGAGAGACUGUGUUAUAAAUAACGAUUCAACAAUAAAAGACAUUCGAAAUUUUAUAAAGACAAACAAGUUAAAUAUAAAAACUGCUGGGAAAAACUUAAAAAAGGUAGACGUUUUUAUAGCCAUUUUGCAGAGUAUUCCGAAAGAGUACAUAACGAUUAAUUAUGUAGGAGAGGAUGUGGAGAUGGGGGAUCCGGACAACAACAAUGUUGGAAGCAAAAGUGGUGAAAAUGUGAAACAAGGCACACUCAAUAGCACGCUCGGAGUAAAUCAUAACAAGGUGAGCCUAGGGGGCAGCACUUCCAGCGCAUUGCCAAUUAGGGGGUCCAACAAAAAUGAUUUCAACAUUGUUCCGACUAUGCAGGAGUCCUCUGUGAAUAGCCGUAACAUUGCGAAUAGUUCAAGUGGUUAUGUCAGUGACCCUCGACAAGGGGAUGUCCAGUCGGGAGAGAAGCAGUACAGUGAAGAGAUAAAAACGCUAUACGGGGAGGAAGUUACAAAAAGGUACAUCCAGGACAAUAUAAUCAACGUAGAUGACAACAUUGUUAACCGGAUUGGCACAUUCAAAUUGGAAGGAGACAACAAAAUGAUGAGUAGCGUAAACUUGGAGUACUACGAACCGGUAAAAAAAUUCGACGACGAUAUUGAGUCGAGAUUUUUUCUCAUACAUGACAAGAAUUAUAACGAAAAGAUUAAUCAUAUAUACAAGAACGUAACACACUGUGGAUUAGACAUUGAGACAACCGGGCUGGAGGUGUUCGACGAGAAGAUCCGCCUCAUUCAGAUCGCCGUGGAAGAUUACCCAGUGAUCAUUUAUGAUAUGUUUAACAUAACGAAGGAGAGCGUCUUGAGUGGCCUGCGACAAAUCCUAAGAAAUGGAAAAGUGGUAAAAAUUAUACAAAAUGGAAAAUUUGACGCCAAGUUUUUAAUGCACAACAAUUUUCAAGUGGAAAAUAUAUUCGACACGUACAUAGCUAGCAAACUUUUAGACAAAAAUAAAAAUAUGUACGGAUUUAAGCUAAACAAUAUUGUAGAGAAAUAUUUAAAUGUAACCCUAGACAAGCAACAGCAAAAUAGUGUGUGGAAUAAUUCCCUCUUGAAUAAUAAUCAACUCUUUUACGCAGCAAGAGACUCCAGCUGUUUACUAAAGUUGUAUAAAAAAUUGAAUUCUGAAAUUUGUAAAGAAAAUAUGGGGACUGUGAACGAUAUUGAAAAUAAAUGCAUUUUGCCAAUUUGUGAUAUGGAGCUUAAUGGCAUCACUGUGGACCUGGACAGUUUGAACAAAAGUACGAAUGAAAUUUUAAGCGAAUUAAAUGAAGAGACGAGCAAAUUGAAGGCAGAACUGAAGGACGAAGAAAUUAACGUAAACUCACAGCAACAGGUGCUAAAAGCAUUACAAAAUAAUAGCGUGAGGGAUGUUUCUAAUAAGCUUAUCGAAAAUACAUCCGACUCAAACCUGAAGAAUUUCCUCAACCAUAAGGAAGUAGUCCUAUUAAGAAAUUACAGAAGAUUGUAUAAACUGUACUCCGCCUUUUACUUAAAGUUGCCACAACACAUAAACAAAAAAACAAACAAAAUACACACGACGUUUAAUCAGUUAAAAACGUUCUCUGGCAGAUUUAGUAGUGAGAAACCCAACUUACAACAAAUCCCAAGGCAGAAAAAUAUAAGGGAAAUUUUCAUUCCGCAAAAAAACAACAUAUUUAUAAUCGCCGACUUUAAACAAAUUGAGCUAAAAAUAGCUGCUGAAAUUACCAAUGACGAUAUUAUGCUCAAAGCGUACAAUAACAACAUUGAUUUGCACACACUCACAGCUAGCAUUAUCACAAAGAAAGCCAUAGCUGAUAUAAAUAAGGAAGAUAGACACAUUGCCAAGGCCAUAAACUUUGGUCUAAUUUACGGAAUGAAUUACGUCAAUCUGAAAAAUUAUGCAAACACAUAUUAUAACCUAAAUAUGAGCCUUGAUCAAUGCCUUUAUUUUUACAACUCCUUUUUUGAGCACUAUAAAGGGAUAUACAGAUGGCAUAAUCAAAUAAAACAAAUGAGGGCUUUAGAGUACUCUACACUUUCCAACAGGAAAGUCAUAUUCCCCUACUUUUCCUUCACCAAGGCAUUGAAUUAUCCGGUGCAGGGAACCUGUGCUGAUAUUUUGAAAUUGUCCUUAGUUGAGCUGUAUAAAAAUUUGAAACCCAUCAAUGGGAAAAUCAUCCUCUGUGUCCAUGAUGAAAUUAUAAUCGAGGUUGACAAAAAAUAUCAGGAGGAUGCCUUAAAAAUCCUCGUGGAAUCGAUGGAAAAUUCCGCUUCCUUCUUUUUGAAAAAAGUCAAGUGCGAAGUUUCCGUGAAGAUUGCGCAGAACUGGGGCUCCAAGGAGUAG